AUGCGCUUCCAGGUUGGCGCAGGUCCCUCAGGUCUCGUCCUUGCUCUUUCUCUGAUAAAGAAUGGCGUACCCGUACGAAUUAUCGACAAGGAACGUUCAAAUUACAAAGUCGGUCAGAAAGGCUCCGGCAUCCACCCACGGACCAUGGAACUAUACAAACUCCUAGGCGUUCUCCCCGAUAUCCUAGAGGAGUCCGGGAAGUCGCAUCCUCUCAUAAUGUACGAGCCAGAUGGUGUCAGCAUCAAAGUGCGAAUGCCAAUGUCCGAGGAGUUGGAGAGCACUCCUGAUCGUCCCAUCGUUAACCCUAUUCUCAUCGGCCAGGACGCACACGAACAAGUGCUGCGUAACUAUCUUGCGAAGUUCGGCUGCGUAGUGGAAACCGGGACGGAACUGGUGUCGUUCGAACAAGGCCCUGACCGUGUCACUACCCAUCUCUUGAAAUGGAAUGACGCCAAUGAGCGGGUUCCGGAGACUGUGGAGGUCGCUUGGCUCGUUGGCACAGACGGCGGGCGGAGUACCGUGCGUAAACAGUUGGGGCUCACGUUUAUGGGAGAGACAAAGUCUGCGGAGCGAUGGGUUGUGGGUGAUGUUCAAGUCAUCAACUCACCAUUAGACCAAUCUUACUGGCAUGUAUGGGGAGAUGCUUCUAGCCGAACGGUAUCUCUUCGGCCGUACUUGAAGCCAGGGGACGAUAGAUACUAUGUCAUCGCCGCAGGCCCCGACCUCAAUCGCGAAAAUAUGGCGUCUGGCCGUGAAGGCUUUAUCCAAGAGUUCCGCCAAGUCACCAAACGUAACGAUAUCAACUUUGGCAAGAUGAUCUUCCUUUCCCAGUUCCAAGUUAACAUUCGGAUGGUGAACAAAUUCGGAGUGGGAAGGGUGUUUGUUGCUGGAGAUGCCGCGCAUGUACAUAGUCCUACCGGCGGCCAGGGUAUCAAUACCGGAGUACUAGACGCACACAACCUCGCAUGGAAACUCGCCCUCGUACACAAACGCCUCGCCCCACCCUCUCUCCUCGAGACGUACAACGCCGAACGCCUCCCCGUCGUCGCCGCGAUGCUCGAAUGCACCACCGAGCUCUUCAACAAGACCUUCAAACGCGCCGAGGACAACCACACGGGGUGGUUCCGGGGGUACAUCCUGCGCCAGUUUGGCGUCACGUAUCGCGGGAGCCCGAUCGUCGUCGAUGAGACGAACCCGGGCGACGAGGCGGUGGAUCCCUAUAGGUCGGGCCUCGACGGCCGCGUGCAGGGCGGGGACCGGGCCCCCGAGGCCCCGGGGCUGGUGCGUGCCGACGGCGAAGGCGGGGGUAAGGUUGCGCUGUUUGACAGCUUUGGGCCUGCACACCAUACGGUGCUUGUGUUUUCGGAUGAUGUGAAGAUGCGCGUGGAGGUUCUGGACGCGCUGAGAUCGUAUCCCUCGGCCCUGGUGAAGCCUAUCGUCGUUCUGCCGAGAAACUCUGCUGUUAGAGCGGAGGGUGGUGCUGGUGGUAUGUUGCGGGACGAGGAGGGGUAUGCUUUCAAGCACUAUAAUGUCGAGGAGGGCACGAGUCUUGUGGUGGUGGUGCGGCCUGAUGGGGUGGUUGGGGCGCGUUUGCAUUCUGCGGAGGGACUGAAACUCUACUUCCGGCCUAUCUUGUUGUAG